UGCAACUUCAUUUAUUCUUGGCGCCAUGGCGCCAUGGCAUGACGCAAAAGGGAGCGAAGGCACUGACCAAGUUGGUGCAGAACGCAAGCAAGGCAACCGAUGGAUGGCCAAAAGCGCUGCACCUCAUCUUCCAGGCACUUGACGAUGCUUUCCUCGGAAGCCUCGGUGUCAGCAUCAAAAGCCCGCGAAAACUGAACCGCCAGCACUGCCAUGGCCAAGACCACCCGCAGCCCUCGCAGCAAGCGCACCACGACGCGCACGCGCACCACGCGCACACGCACCAGGGCCCCUGCGCAUGCCAAGAAGAAGCAGGUGGUGAAGCCAGCCAGCAGCAGGGGCAUGUUAAGAAAGGACGCCCUGGGCUUUGCCUUGAAGGCCAUGCUGAAAAAGAAGGGCGGUCGGACAGACAUCGAAAUUCAAGACGCGCCGAAGUCACAUCAUUCCUUGAUGACGGAGGUUCCCCUACAGGAGCGGGCGGGGUACCCCUUGGUGCGCGACAAGGGCUCCGUGGACCCUGCCACCUGGCGCAGCAACGAUGGGAAGGAGAUCAUUGUGGACUUCAGCCGACACGCAUGGCUUCCAGAUAACUGGGGCCAAGGUGUGAAGUCCACCAAGCCGAAGAGUUUCAAAAAGACCACCGGCGGUGGAACCUACACGGUAAUGGUGAGCCCUGAAGGAAAAGUCUUCUAUCAUCGCAAAGCUGCUGAGGAGUUUUAUGGCAAGCCCUUUAGCCUCGAGCUGGGCUUCAACGGCCAGGUCCGCACAGCUAAGCUCCAAGGGCAAGAAGCCAUUCAAGUGGCACGAGCCUCCAUCAAGGAUAUCAAUGCCAAGGGAGAAAUCAAGACGGACGCCGAUUCCAUGCUCUUUGGUCUGCUGAAGCCCAGCGAAAAGAAAUUUUUGCUGAACAAGAACAAAUUUCAUUUUUGCAUCAUUUCGGCCCGCCGUGCAACACAGGUGUCUGGGAUCCGCGAUCUGUUCAUGGUCCAAAGCCAAUUCUUGGAAGCUGGCGUGGAACCUGUCUGGUAUGUGGAUGAGCAGUCCCUGAAAGACUACAAGAAGUUGGGUUUGAAUGCGGUGGUAGGCGGAAAGCUCACGCCUGCCAGAAACAAGGCCUUGCAGGAUGCUCAGAAGAUGGGCAAGAUUUGCGUGCAGGCAUCUGAUGAUAUCUCGGCGUGGGAGUAUCGCGUGGGAAAGAAGGCCACCGAAAAAAACGAUGAUGCGUGCAAUGAAGCCUAUGACGCUGCGAAGCGCCUGAUCUUGUCCCCCGUGGCUGCAGCGCAGUUCAUCUUGGCCAAGAUGCGAGGAUCCGAAGAACCACCCAAACUGGGCGGUGUGUACAUGUUAGGAAGCUGCGCCCGCACCUUCGGUGGUGAUGAGUUCGUGACCAAGCAUUUCAUCUUGGGCGACUUCUUCGUGGUAGAUGCUGACAAUAAGGUGCGCUUUGAUGAAGAAAUGACGUUGAAGGAGGACUACGACUUUACGGCCAGCCACAUCAAGGAGUACGGCUCCGUGCUUCGCUGCCAGCGCAUGACGCUACGAGUGAAGCACUACGACAACAGCGGUGGUGCUUGCACCAAUCGUGAUGGCAAGGGAAAAGAGGAACAGAAGAACAUUGCCAUCUUGAAGCGAAAGUGGCCUCGGGCAAUCAGAGAUCACCACACGCGCAAGAACGAGGUGAUCUUGUCGUGGCCCUCCAACAACGACGCGGAAGGCCUUGAAACGCCAGUUCCUCGAAGUCGGCCAUCUCGGGCCAGCAACAAGGUGAUGAAGGUUGCCAUGAAGAAGAAGAAGCCGACCAAAUCUUCCAAGCCUCGGCGCGCUGUUCGGAAGGGUGCCAAAACGGUCGAUCGCGUGGAGCUGCCUUGCUCGCCCAAUGCCAAGAUGGUUGUGACCGGAAAGGUGGCCAAGUGUCCGGGCAUCAACGCACGCCUCAAGAAGGUGAACGGCAAGCGAGUGCACGAGGUGGUGGGGAAGGUGCAAUACACGAGCCCCAAGGGCCAGCGGACGUACAAUUGCAGCGACCUCAGGUAUGACCAGACCUUCGGGUACCUCACCCUGAAGACGCCCUUGGACCCUGAACUGCUACGAGCUGUGCCGCUGCAGGUGUGCUUGCAGGGAAUCGGAAAGCAUUGGAAGCGAUCCUUGAGGCGCUCCACCAGCGAUGGCGACUCAUCCUUUGGUGUCAACACCUAUGGUAUGAGCAGGAAAACAGAUCGGAUCGACUACUUCUUCAGCCAUGACUGGGAGACAUCGCGCGUGCUGAAAUGGUUGAGUCUUUUGGUGAUGUUCAAUGCCCCCGCAGCUGCCAUGGUGAUGCUUUCGGUCACAUCUUUGCUGUCAAUCUUGGCAGCAGUUGGGAGUAUACCGAAUAUGCUCUGGCCUUUGCUACCCUUGUUGGCAGCAAUAUCCUAUUUCGUGACACUGGGAUUUUGGCAGAAACUUCGGUCGGUCUGGCGGAAGCAGCCGCUGGUCUUCCUAGACCGGCUAUGCAUUGCACAACAUGACGUGGCGCUGAAGGAACGAGGCAUUCGGGGCCUCGGAUGCUUCUUAGCCAAGUCGCAGAAUCUCACCAUCCUCUGGUCCGGCCGCUACUUCUCGCGCUUGUGGUGCCUCUACGAACUAGCUUCGUACCUCAAAAAUGAAAGGCUCCAAGAGAAGCGACACAUUCAGAUUUUGCCGGUGCAUUUGUGUUUGCUGCUGUUGAUCUCCUGUCUCCAAUCCACUGCGUGGAUAGUUGUCAUUUUGAUCUUUCGCAGCAUGGAUCAGCGACCCAACUCGAGCCCGGUCCUUCAUCAACUUUUUGGUCGGGGUGGUGCUGCAUUCAUCCCGCUGUCCUUAUACGUGGGCCUGGGAUGCAUGACGCGCUUGUACGAACUCCCGGAUCAGCUGCGACACUUCAGAGUCCAGGAUGCGCAAUGCUUUUGUUGCUCAAAUGAUCAUAGGCACCCAGAGACAGGAAAGGAGCUGCCAUGUGAUCGCAAGCUUGUCUUCAGCGCCCUUGAGAAGUGGUUUGGUGACGGGUCAUCGGAAUCCGAGAGUUGGAUUCACCAUUUCAAUCUGAUGGUGAGAGCCAAGUUGAGUAGCCGCAUUGCUGGUACGGUAGGACGGGGCUUGCCUCCCUUCAGCUACGUUCUAUCGACUGUGUGUAUGUCUCCACUGCCCUUCAUUGCCUUCUUUUUGCCCGCGUCCCUCAGGAAACUCGCGGAGGACGACGACGACGGUGGGAAGGAGAGUGACGACGACGAUGGUGAGGGGAAAUGGCAGGGAAAGUUGCUUGAACUGCUCGUUCCGCCUUUAUACGGCGUUUGGUGCCUUCUGCUGAUCAUUCAGGCUUGUCGCUUGGUCUUCUAUAUAUUUCAUGGCUGCGGUGUCUCCACCUUACCGCUGGCGACGUCUCGUUGGCGGCGCGCUUUGCUGGCUCUACUGAUGAGUCCAAUCAUCUGGGCCAUUCUGGUCUUUGGAAUCUGGGUGCCUCUGUUAGGAGAAUAUUCGGAUGACUUGGAGCUUCCCCCCAUGGCGAGGUUUACGCUUUACCUUGCGUAUUGGGCCUUGGCCGCGGCCAUCUUUCUGAUGCCCCAGCUCAAUUGUGGCACGCAAACGCCACAAGGCCCAGAGUCCCUCGAAACCCUCAGCCUGGAGCACUCCUUCGGCUCUGUGGGUCGGUCCAGUGACCCCGGAGAUUCGCGAGACCCGAAGGUCGAAAGAGUCGGAGUGGUCAAAGCGCUCGCAGAUUCUGGGGAUCUUCCGCCAUGGGAGUUGAUGACCCCUCCCUUCAGAUGCGAAGACAAGGAAAAUGCCGAAGAUGCUGAAGAAGAGGAGAUGGUGUCAGUGCGUUUCUGA